AUGGUGGAAGAAACGCGACAAGUGCAAGGGCAGGAGGUCCGUGACGAUGGUGCUGAAUGUAGUGCUUUGAGUGCAAACAAAGGCAAGUAUAAUAAAAGUCAAAAAUACUUGAACAAAAAUGAUAAUACAAAACCAGGAGAAUGCAAUCACUGUAAGAAAUCAGGACACUGGAAAAGGGACUGCAGGAUAUUCAAAAAGGAACAAGAAGAAAAGAAAUCAACUUCCCGUUUGGCGCUUAUUGGUGUACAAAAAAAAAAUUGA